GCAUCACACAGUGCAAUUCACGUCUUCACAAGGAGCGGUUGUAAGAUGGCGGCGCGGUGGGGAACAGGCGAAGAGAUUUUAACUGCUCAUAAUAUGGAACUUUUCUCUACCACAAGCCUGGACGAGGCUGAAGACCUGGAGGGUACCCUCAAGGCGGUCGAGGCCUGCAUCGAGGACCACCAGGCCCUGCGUUCAGAAGAUGUGGUGGAGGCUCUGCAUAGCUGCCUGGACCCCUCCAUCCUGUCCAUCUUUGAGGAGUCCCCUGCUGGAGAGGCGAAAAUUGGCAUUGAUGACGAGAGUGAGGCCACUCUGCUUACUGCAUUAACUGAAAUACUUGACAAUGUGGACGACGAGAACCUGUCUCCGUUCGACACGCUUCCCGACGUGGAGAUGUUUACAGGUCAAAAGGGCCGAGAGCACUCGCCGCUGAGGAAGCUCCUUUGCCUGUCACGGUCUCCAACGGACAGAGAGUCUGUGUUGAGCGCAAGGUCAUUUUCCAGUCCAGGAAAGAGUUUACCCAGGAUGCCCGGCGGCGUGACCAUCCAGCGGAGCGACGGCGAGGAGGAGGAAGAGUUUCUGUUGUCCGACUCGGACGUGAUGAUGAUGGACCCCUCGUCCCUGGACCUGCUGGACCUGGCGGACGGCGAGGCGUGCCUGGAGCAGGAGGACGGCAGCCUGGUGGCCGUGACGCUGGGCGACCUGGUCAAGCACAUGCACUGCAUGGCCGUGUGCCUGGAGGAGGGGGAGGAGGGCGCCGAGCACCUCCUCCCCGAGGGAGGCAUCAUGCUGGAGGUGGUGGACCGGGGAGAGGACGGCGAGCCCAUCCUGGCCAUACCCUUCGUGAACCAGAGCCAGAGCCAGGUUGGAGAGGAGGAGAGGAUGAUGAGGGUGGAGGCCCUGCCCCUGCCGGACCUGAGCAGCCCCCAGAUGGUGGAUGCUGUUGCUGCUUGCUUAGAGGAGUCCCAGGAACCGGCUGCUGUUAAGGCGUUGGAGACGUCGAAGGCAUCGCACAUGCCCUCCUCCCUGGAGGAGAAAGAGGAGAAGGUGGAGGUGGUGCAGGUGACUGGGGAGGAGCCGGUUGCAGAUGUUGAUGUUGACGCUGAUGCUGAGGCUUCCGUGGGGGCAAUGCAGCCCAAGGCUUCGCCCACCGCACCUGCGCCCCCCGCGGAGAACAAGGACGAGAAGCCGGUCAUCAAGCGGCCCAAAGAGGAGAUUUCUGAGAAGUGCGCCUCGCGCAGAAAAAAGAAACGGAAAAGCAAAGAGGAGCAGACGCUCGUGCCAACAACAACAACAACAACACCGCCGGUGGAGCCCAGGGUCUUGAGAAGCGCCACCAAGGACGGCGCCAAGAAACCCCUGGACGAGAAGCCCAGGAAGGCGGAGAAGAAAAAGGUGACGUUCGCCCCCGUUUCCACGACGCUGACCUCUAAGGAGGAGGUCAGACCUGCAUCUCAGGCCCCCCCAACUGUCCCCGCCCCCGCCCCUGUCGCUCAGGUGACGCCAAGAAUCCUAAAAGAAAAGAUCCCAGCUACUCCCAUGUCUCAUAACCAAGCGCUCAGGACUGUUGCCAACACCACACCCCUUAAACCCUCAUCAGCCCCGGAAUCCUCUUCUGUGCCACCACCUGUGGCAUUCAUGCCCAUGCCAGUGUCCGCUUCUGCCCCUGUGCCUGCACCCGUACCCGCACCCACAACCGUGCCCACACCAGAUCCCUCUGCCUGUGUUGUCCAGCCAUCUAUGCCAGCAAGUGCCACUGCUACCACCACCACCACCCCGGAGGAAGCCGAGGCCGAGGCUGAGGUGUCGGAGCCCAAACCCAAGCCCCUGAGCCUGCAGCAGUACCGCCUGCUGCGCCAGCAGAAGAGGCCCACGCCCGUGGCCGCCUCCGCCGCCGUGGACAACAGCACCAAGUGGCCCACGCUGCCCGAAGCCCCCACGGAGCUGGUCCCCAUCCCCUGUCUGCCCCAGCCCCCCAGCCAACCGGCCAAGGACCCCCGCAAGGCCGCCGCCCCCUGCAAGUCCGCUGGCGCCGGUGGCAGCGGAAAGGAGCCCGUCCCGGAGGAGAGGGCUGUCUGGCAGCCCAAAGGUCUGGCUGCUCCCCCGACGCCCGAGGCCCUGCUGGUGCCCCCAGCCUACAUGGCGGCAGCGUCGUCUUCAAGCAAGACCACCAUCCCCAAGCCCCACGCCUCCUCCUCACCCAAGCCUCCUGCUCCGGCUGCUGCUGCUGCUUCACCAGCUUCCGCUCUGGCCUCCUCCUCCUCUGAUUCUCCUACCCAGACUCCCCAAUCAACUCCUGCAUCCCCCUCCUCCUCACCCACGCCUUCCCCAUCCUCACCCCCAUCCCUUGGUCCUGCCUCUGCCCCCGCCCCUUGUCCUGCUCCUGCCCCUGCUCCUCUCCCCUCUGCAGGCCCCUCUGUACAGCUCCAGAGCCAGGCCCCAGCUGCUGCCUCCAACACUACUACCACCACCACCCCCGCCGCCGCAUCCACCAAUAAUGCCUUGCCUCCGACGACCACGUUGCCACCCAAGCCAUCCGCUGUUUACAUCGCCCAGCUGCUGGCUGCGGCCCUCAAGGCCCAAAAGCUGGUGGCAGCGUCUCCUCAGGCCCAAGCUGCCCUCAGUGCUGCUCUCGCCAAUGCCAAUGCCCAGGCCCAACCCCAACCUCAGGCUCUAGCUCAAGCUCAGAGUGAUGUUUACCGCACAACCACUACAAUUGCCCAAACUGCUCCUCCUCUCCUUGCUGCCACGCCUGCUCCUGCGCCUGCUCCUGUGGCUCCAGCUCCACAGAAAGUGAACGCUGCUGCUCCUGCACGACCACCUGUGGCUGCUGCCGCCGCUGCCACUGCUGCUGCUCCAUCGUUGGCAGCACUGAAUCCCCCUCAGCAGCAGCGUGUGACGGUUGCUGCCGCCCCCCUCCCCAGGCCUGAGCCCACUAGAGUUGUGGCAGUGCCAACCACCGUGGCCCGCCAGCAGCGGCCUGCAGCCACCACCGCCGCCGCUGCUGCUGCUGCUGCACCCACUGCUCGUCCUGUGGUGCCCACCAGCGCUAACACUCAGGCUCACAGCCAGCGCAGGGUCCUCCCUCCUCUCACACCCCCGGCUCAGUCUGUGCCACCGCAGAGGCAAACCCCAGCCGCUGUGACUGCCCGACAACAACCAACACCAACACCACCACCCAAAGGCAAGAGUCAGAAGACACAGGAGCUGAUCGAGUCCUUCACAAGUGAGAUCGGUAUUGAAGCGUCUGAUCUGGCCAGCCUUCUGGAGCAGUUUGAGGAGACUCAAGCCAAGGUGGAGAGCAGUGUGCCGGAGGUCUUUGGCAGAGCAGCCGCUGUAGGAAACUCCAGCGUGGAGCCGGCAGUGGAAAGCAAGGCCCUGGAGGGAACCAAAGUCCAUGACCUGGGCAGCACGGCAGGCCUCACUCCUCCGGGCACCCCUCCGCAUCAGAUGUGGAAGCCCCUGGUGCCUGCCGUCUUGCAGGGCAAGACCAAGAUGGCCGACGGCGGCUCCCGGAUCACGCCCACCAAACUAACCAUCCAGAUCGAACCUCGUUCCCUGCCAAACAAACUCCGCGGCAAGGUUCAGCAGCGCCCGGCCACCUUCGCACCCUUCUCCCCCGAUCACGACUACUGCCUACCCUCGAAGGAGUCGUCUUCAUCCUCAUCCUCCCCUGAGGCGGGCAAGCACUGCAACAUCGUCAUCAAGCAGAAGACGACAGGCAUUACUGCAGCCAAGAGCUCCGAGCUGCCUGUAGAGAGGAAGGAGCUCCAGCAGGUUGUGCCACAGCGCCCCCCGGUGGUGGCUGCUGUGUACAAGCCCAUUGCCACUACCAACAGCUCUCGCUCUCUGGACGAGCAGACUCUUCACAGCUCUGUGCUGGUCACCCCGGACGCCUCUCCAUCCAGGGUGGAACAGGAGGUGACGAGAACGAGGAGCCCCAAGCGCGAGUGUCCCUCCUCGGGUCGUGACUCGCGGUCCCCCAGCCCCAAGAGGGGCCGGGCGAGGAGGCGCCGGCACUCGGCUCGAUCCAGAUCCAGCAGCACCGGGUCCAGCUCCGGGUCUUCAAGGUCCAGAUCCUACUCAAGGUCUCCCCCCAGGAAACGGUGUUACCGCUCGCGGCGCUCGGACAGCAGCUCCAGCUCUCGAUCGCGAUCAAGAUCCAGAUCUCGGUCCCGAUCCGGAUCCAGGUCUAGGUCCCGGUCUCAAUCCCGGUCCCGGUACCAGUCGCGCUCCCCCCACAGGCGGCGCCGGUACUCCUACUCCAGCUCCUCAUCGGGCUCCUGGAGCAGGUCCCGGUCCCGGUCCAGCUCCCCACUAUCACGCCACUGGAAGGGCAGGAGAAGUCCUCCCAGUCAAUCCAGGAAUUACUCCCACCGUGAGCGCAAUGAAGAAGUGAAGAGACGCAAGGAGAAGGCUAUUGAGGAACGCCGCGUGGUUUAUGUAGGUCGCAUUCGUGCCAGUAUGACCCACGCAGAACUGAAGGAACGCUUCUCGCUGUACGGCGAUAUCGAGGACUGCACCUUGCACUUUAGGGAACAUGGGGACAACUACGGCUUUGUCACUUACUACAACACGAAAGAUGCCUUCACUGCAAUUGAGAACGGAAGUAAACUGCGGCGCCCCAACGAGCUGCCAUUCGACCUCUGCUUCGGGGGCCGGCGGCAGUUCUGCAAAACUAGUUACGCUGAUCUCGAUUCAAAUCGAGAGUAUGAUCCAACUACAAACACCAAACAGAAAAUUGCACUAGACUUCGACACUUUACUUAAACAAGCCCAGAAAAACUUGAAGAGGUAACCUGGAGAAGCCUGGGUGGCCGGAAAGGGAGACUGAAAUCCAAUUUACCUCAGGCCUGUGGCAGGCCCCAGCUCCCUCUGACACUCAGAUGUGUGUUUUUGGUUGACCGUUUUGGUUUGUCCUAGUAUGUUUUUGUUUCUGCAAGCUUACACCUUCUAUUGAAGAGAGAAUUUGUAUGAAAAAGAUUUAAAAUAGUACCAAAAAAAAACAUGAAAACAUUAUUUGAAACUGAAUGGAAUUUGAUUUUUUUUUUAAAGAAGAAAAAGAUUUAUUUAAAUGUUUUUGACAUGCCCAUGUGCUGGAAAACAUUUCAAGAAAUGGAAAAUUAUGUUGAAAUGUAGGAGCUAUCAGUGUUUUGGGGAUGCUUUGUGAAUUACAUUGCAGAAAAUGUAUGUUAAAACCCUAAUAAAUAUUUAAACUGAAAGCGUG